UGUUGGAGGUCUGCGCAGCCCCCGCCCUCCGCGUCCCAUCCUCCCCUACGGGAAGGAAGCGCCCCCCACACAUCCGAGGCAGCCCCGCGGAGAGUAGUAGUGUGGCGUCGUCGACCGGAGGCGAGCCCAUGCCGAGCUGCACCGCGUCCACUAUGCCCGGCAUGAUCCGCAAGAACGCAGAUCUCGAGUUCGACUCGCUGCAGCCCUGCUUCUACCCGGACGAAGACGACUUCUACUUCGGCGGCCCCGACUCGACUCCCCCGGGGGAGGACAUCUGGAAGAAGUUUGAGUUGCUGCCUACGCCCCCGCUGUCGCCCAGCCGUGCCUUCCCGGACCACAGCCCGGAGCCCUCGAACUGGGCCACCGAGUUGCUGCUGCCCGAAGCCGACCUGUGGGGCAACCCGGCAGAGGAGGACGCGUUCGGCCUGGGGGGUCUGGGCGGACUCACCCCCAACCCGGUCAUCCUGCAGGACUGCAUGUGGAGCGGCUUCUCCGCCCGCGAGAAGCUGGAGCGCGCCGUGAGCGAGAAGCUGCAGCACGGCCGCGCGCCGCCGGCCGCCGGCCCCGCCGCCCCAUCCCCGGGAGUGGGUGCCGCCAGCUCCGGGGGCCGCGGGCACGGUGGGGCCGCUGGCACCGGCCGCGCCGCGGCCACCUUGCCCGCUGAGCUCGCUCACCCGGCCGCCGAGUGCGUGGAUCCCGCCGUGGUCUUCCCGUUCCCGGUGAACAAGCGCGAGCCGGCGGCCGUGUCUGCGGCGCCCGCGCUCGGUGCCCCCGGGACGGCCUCUGUCUGCGCCUCGGGGGCGAGUUCCGCCGUCGCAGCCGGUCCCCCAACUCCCGCGCCUCCGCGAGCAGGCGGCGGGGACCCCAAGGCCCUCAGCACUUCGGGAGAAGACACCCUGAGCGACUCAGAUGACGAAGAUGACGAAGAGGAGGAUGAGGAGGAGGAGAUCGACGUGGUCACGGUAGAGAAGCGGCGCUCGUCUUCCAGCAGCAAAUCGGUCACCACGUACACCAUCACCGUGCGCCCCAAGAGUACGGCGCUGGGCCGGGUGCAGGCGAGCGAGCUCAUCCUCAAGCGCUGCGUGCCCAUCCACCAGCAGCACAACUACGCCGCGCCGUCGCCCUACGUGGAGAGUGAGGACGCGCCGCCGCAGAAGAAGGUCAAGAGCGAGGUGUCCCCGCGGCACCUCAAGAACCUCGUGCCCCACAAGGCCAAGAGCCUGAGCCCGCGCAACUCGGACUCUGAGGACAGCGAGCGCCGCCGCAACCACAACAUCUUGGAGCGCCAGCGCCGCAAUGACCUGCGCUCCAGCUUCCUGGCGCUCAGGGGCCACGUGCCCGAGCUGGUGAAGAACGAAAAGGCCGCCAAGGUGGUCAUUUUGAAAAAGGCCACCGAGUACGUCCACUCCCUGCAGGCUGAGGAGCACCAACUGCUACUGGAAAAGGAGAAGCUGCAGGCGAGGCAGCAGCAACUGCUCAAGAAGAUCGAACACGCUCGGACUUGCUAAAGAAACCUUGCUCCAAACUGGACAGUCACUGCCACUUUUGCACAUUUUGAUGUCUUUUUUUUUGUUGUUUUGUUUCGUUUUGUAAGCAAACAUUGUGUUGACAUUAAGAAUGUGGGUUUACUUUUCAGAGUGCUCUCCUGCCCACCUGGGCCUGGGAUGGGAAGCAACAGGACCGGACACUUGGGACCUGGGAAGGGUGCGACCUCCUGCAGGAACCUGGGAGGGUGUGGCGCCCACCCUUGCUGAGCUGUGACGAUUGCUGGCGGUCGCUGUGGCUUUCUCCACCUCCUCGGGCUCGGGUCGCAGUGCACAAGCCCACGACAGACAGCCAGGGGCCUCGGGGCUGUGGAAGCCACCUUGUUGCUGAUGGACAGAAAGUCAUUCCUUUUACAAAAUGGUGCUUUUGUUCCAGCGGAUGCCACCAAGGGGGUUGCCAUUUCAACACCCCCGGGGAAUUUCUGUAAAUACCGUUGACACCCCAGCCUUUCAUAUAUCUACGUCCUGGGUCACAAGAGGUGGCUUUUGCGGCCAGUAUUUGACUGGACGUUCAUACCUGAGUACUGUAAGAAUACCUCAAUGUUUGAGGAGCAUGUUUUGUAUACAAAUAUAUUGUUAAUCUCUGUUAUGUACUGUACUAAUUCUUACACUGCCUGUAUGCUUUAGUAUGAUGCUGAGACAUAACUAAAUUUGAUACUUAUAUUUUCGUAUGAAAAUGAGUUGUGAAAGUUUUGAGUAGAUAUUACUUUAUCACUUUUUGAACUAAGAAACUUUUGUAAAGAAAUUUACUAUAUAUAUAUGCCUUUUUCCUAGCCUGUUUUCUUCCUGUUAAUGUAUUUGUUCAUGUUUGGUGCAUAGAACUGGGUAACUGCAAAGUUCUGUGUUUAAUUUCUUCAAAAUGUAUAUAUUUAGUGCUGCAUCUUAUAGCACUUUGAAAUACCUCAUGUUUAUGAAAAUAAAUAGCAAUUAAAUGA